AUGCGUUCUUUCCUUCUCAUACCCUCGUUACUCAGUGUUCUGGCGGCCUUGACCGCCAAUGCUAGUGUCGUGCCUGGCGCUCCUGCUGUGCGACGCUUCGCAUCCAACAAUACUCCUUCUCAAACCAAAAAACUCACUGCCGCCCAAGAAUACGCUAGGGAGCUAACGCACAGACAACCUACGCGUCGAUCCACUGCCCAAAGACGUCAAGCUUCAGCACAAUCUAUCAAUGUCGACACUUCCAUCCAGGUCGGUGCCCGAAACAGGGAUACAGGCUCAACACUCGGUGGUGUUACUAUUACCAGCAGUGGUCUCGGUAUUGCCACAUCAGCAGACACUGAAGUGUCUCUUGGUACUGUCAGAACCAGCAAAACAGGAUCUGAAACCGAACGUCGUAUCACCAUUGACGGACUACCUGGAUACUCUAACCUCGGUGUCGUCCAGUUCUCAAGCACUAGUGGACUCACUCUCGGUGCCGGUCUCUCUAAUGGCCUGAGAAUAACUGGUAUUGCAAACCCCGGAACUGGCUCUGGCGAGACCCCAACCUACGGUACUAGCUACGGCAACACUGGCCCAGCUCUGGCUGGUGAAACCGAUGUGUGGUCAUUCGACUAUACAACUGGUACUAUCAGCUUGCAAUGGGUAAAUCCUGAUGGAUCUACUCCCGCUACUUAUAUCAUCACCAAUGGCGUCGACCUCGCUGCGACCGGUGACAUAGACGCGUUCAACGCGGUGUUUGGCCCUGGCUGGUUUGCCACGACCUUGACUUUCACCGCAAACGCUUAG